GCACGCCGGCGUCCAUCGCGCGCGGGGAGGCAUGAGGCACGUGAGAUAAAAAUUUCGCGCGUGUUAAAUAAUAUUAAUUGAUAACGGUGCGGUGAUUGCGGCGUCUAUAUAACAAUUAAAAAAGUUGUUUAAACAAUGCCGUGCCGUCGAUAAAAAUGCUUUUGUUUGCCAAACCGACAAAUUAUGAACAUUCGAGAAAGUUCUGAGUUGAGAAUAGGCAGUCCGCAAGUUUUUGUAAUAUAGGUUAUGUUAGAUAUGUAUGUGCAGCAGUAGAAACUUGACUUGGCGGGAGACAAAUUAAUUUUAACGCUAGAACGAUUAUUACACGAAGUAAAAACAUGGAUUAUCUCGCAAGUUUCGUAAUGUUAUAACGAAUUUGAUCGUUAUCAUUCGCAGUGUUUAUAUUAUAAGAAGAACAUGGAGAUCGAUCAAAAUUUAAUAUUCAAUUUUGCUUCAAUAAUCGCAACAUUCCUUCUCGUAAGCUCAGCUUGUAUCACAAUUUUUCGUGGACUUAAGUCAAGGUGGCCAAUUAAAGUGAAUUGCUGGUUUUGUAAUAAUUAUACUCAAAUUUAUCGUUCCGAAUCACAUUGGUGGAAGUGUUCCAGUUGUGAGCAGUAUAAUGGAUUUACAAAGGAUGGUGACUACGCUUACAACAUACCAGAACAGAGUACGCCUAUACCAACAAAUUUCAAAAUGAUACAUCCAGAGCAUCACAAAAAUGAAAAUCAAAUCAAUGCAAAGAGUCUCUGUGAGAGAUGCAAUAAAAAUGAAGAACUUAAGGUAUUCCAGCUGCAAAAUUUCGAACCAAAGGGAUUUUUCAACAGUGGUUUGAAACGUUUCAAACAGGAGUUGGAGUUAAAAUAUCCUCUGUGCGACGAUUGCAAAAUUUUAGUUCAGUAUGUUCUACAAAAGCAAUCGCUCUGGCUUACGCGUUACAAGAUGCUAUUUUACAAACAAAGAUCAGUUAAAGCGAUGAUAAAUAAUGCUGCGAGAUUGGAGAAAAUCGUUCGAAUCUGCCUGACACUGCUUACUUCAAUAACGAUGCGUUAUUCACAUUUUUGGCCCUUGCCUUUUGUCGGUGCAUUCUUACAAUCGAGUACUUUUCUGAUAAAUCAAGUAUAUAGAGGCUCCGAUGCGCUACUUACUCUUCUAUGGAUUUGCAUCAGUCUUACUGAGCAGGUGCCCUACAUCAGAUUGGAAGUGGAUAAAAAUAACGAGUGGUCAUUCUUGGAAAAUUUAACUCGACGCCACUUUGUAACUGUUUUAGUGCUGAUAAUUGGCAUUAUGAAUAUAACAUCAAAGUACAGAAACACUCGAAACUUCAAGGCUUCGUUCAAAAAAUUAGAAACACCGGAUAAAAACAGAAUCUCAUUCUCUACAGUAGAUGAUAGUUUUGAGGAUUCGUACUUGAAUGAAAAAACGAACAAAUCACAACAGAUGUAUUUGAAGAAUCGAGAUUUACGAGUGGAUGAUGGGAAUUCAACAUUUCAAAAGAAAUCCUUCAACUUAAGCAAAAGCGAAAAUCGAUCGAUUAACUUGUCAGGAAAACUGGGAAACGAUAGUUCGAACGAUUUUUCGGAAACUCGAGGCAGACAUGUGUUAGAAUUCGAUGGUAAUUUCGAGCAGUACUCAUUGAACGAGAGUCUGAGCACGCUCAAGACUUUAACUCUCGGUGAAUCUCGAGCGGAACAAACAGCAAAAACGCCAAGUAUAUUCAGGACAAAAGUAUACAAUUCCACUAGUCCAGAUUUGUUCAACCGUACGAAAAAAUCGACGAGAAAAUUUGUGCUGGCGCCACCGAAAUUGAAGUCGUUCGUUCAAACAUCGUGGGUCGCCGGCGGAUAUUGGCAAGUUGGAGUCGACACGCCGACUUUGUCGCGAUCGUCAAGUCAAAGUUCAGGUUUCGGUUCGGCAGGUUCGAACUUUGGACCCUCCAGAGAGCCAUCGGUAACAAAAGAAAUCGACAAAUGUUCGGUGAUGUCGGAAAACACACAACUUUUCUACCUACCAAGACCAAACAGCGCAAAUUCCAUGAAUUCUUGUUGUCAACACGUUUCCCCUUUACAAUUUGCGAGAUGCGAAACUCUAUCUUACCAUCAACCACAAAAAAUCAUGCCAAAUUCACAAUCACACUUCUCACCGGUACAUCCAGAAACGAAUACUUGUUACGAACGCUGCUUAUCAUUGCAAAACGGAAAUUCGAAUUUUCCGACAAUUCAGCCACGCCAACAACUGCCAAUUUGUCACAGCAUUUUAAACAAUGCAACGUGGUUAACUAUUUUACUUGGCGGAUCGUUUAUUUUCAACGUUGCCGUUUUUUGUACAGUUGUUCUACGUUAAGUUAAUUUUAUAAAUGACGCGCCUGUCGUGCGGGGAUCAUCGUCGUACGCAUUUCUUUUGUUUUAUUGUCGCGAAAGGGGCACUCGUUAAAAAAUCUAAUCAUUUUUUCUCCAAGUGAUUUGGGAAAACGAAUUAUCGAUGGAAUACGUAGUUCAAUGAUUAAAUGGCUGUUAGUAAAUCAUUUUUUAAAUAAUAUAAAAUAUAUUUAUUGUGCUCACUGAUCCAUUAAAGGAUGUACUGUGAAUACAUUUAAAAAAAUUGUACAUUCAAAAAAUACGAUGUAAGCUUUUUGAAAUGUAUUUUAUGCACUGAAAUCACAUCAAUAAUUCGUAUUCCCAUGAA